CUGCUCAUGUUAGGCGGUAAGAAGUUUAAGACUGAACAGGGGAGCUGCUGCAGAUUUCAGAGACAAGUGACAAAAGCUGACAGAUGAUUGGCUGAUGUGCUGCUGGUCAUACAACUCUAACAGCAAAGGGUGGAGAUGGGCGUGAUCUAAACUCACUCCAACCGUCUGCAGACCGAAAGGUGAUCUUCUUUGACUCAGUCUAAACCUCUGAAACUUGUUUCAAAUAUCCAGUUGAGAUGUCAAUUUUCAAGAAGUUCUUCAAAGAUAACGUCCAUGACAGAGACCCAGAGAAGGAGUCUGUCAAGGAGAAAGAAAAACCAAAGUACUACGGGACAGUAAUUCCGUAUCCGAAUUUCAAUGCCAGCAGUGAUGCUUCAGUCCUUCAGAGCGCCAUCGAAAGUAAAGGGGUGGAUGAGGAUGUGAUCAUUGCCAUUCUGGUGAAGAGAAGCAACGAGCAGAGGCAGAAGAUUAAAGCGGUUUAUGAAGCUUCCAGUGGAAAAAAUCUGGUUAAAUCCUGGGAGUCGGUUCUCAGGUCAGAUUUGGAGGAUGUGGCUCUGGCUCUGCUCAUGCCUCCAGCUCACUUUGAUGCCUACCUGCUCAGGAAAGCCACCAAGCGUUUGGGCACGGACGAAGAGGUCCUCAUCGAGAUUCUGGCAACAAGAACCAACAGUGAAAUCCAAGAGAUCAAGAGAGUCUUCAAACAAGAGUACAAACAAGACCUGGAGGAGGUGAUAAAAGAGGAGACCAAAGGCGACUUCAUGAAUGCUCUGCUGGCCCUGCUGAGCGCUAAACGGGACGAGAGCACAGAGGUUGACAUGGAGCUGGCCAGAAAGGAUGCAAAGAUUUUGUUUGAAGCAGCUGAAACUAAGGGUGACAUAGACGUGUCCACCUUCAUCGACAUCCUGACUACACGCAACGGCCCGCAGCUCUCUAAGACGUUUCACCACUAUGCUGCCGUCAGUGACCUGAAGUUACCCAGAGCCCUGCAGAUGGAGCUGAGCGGAGACAUCGAGGACUGCCUCAUUGCCAUUGUGAAAUGUGCUUGGAACACCCCUGCUUUUUUUGCUGAGAAGCUGCAUAACGCCAUGAAGGGCCACGGAACAUGUGAGGACACUCUGAUCCGGGUCCUGGUGAGCCGCUCCGAGAUCGAUCUGCAGAAAAUCGUAGAAGAAUACAGGGCUAUGUAUGAGAACACCGUUCAUGAGGACAUUGUGAAUGACACUAAAGGACAUUAUCAGAAAGUCCUGCUCGGGCUGUGUGGACCUUACUGAAAGAAGAGGACUUCCACCUCUUUAGGAACGGAAGCAGAAACACAUAAAUCAAAUAAAGAAAUCUGUUACAUU